UUCAAUUGGAUAGCUGUUAUGUAUUAUAUUUGUGCGACUUCCGACCAUGCCCAACCGGUAGAAAAAUCCAUGUAAAAUUGUAAAUAGCGUGACUAAAAUAUAUCACCGUAACGUGUCGAGUCGUUUAGAGAUUUGCUUUCUGAUUAUGGCAAUAACAACUGACCUCAUCCGCGAGAAACUGAUAGCGGAGAUUGGAGCAGUCCAUGUGGAUGUUGAAGAUACCUCACCAAAUAGAUGUGCUGCUAGUUUCAAAGUUCUUGUGGUGUCUCCCCAGUUUGAAGGAAAGCCACUGUUACAGAGGCACAGAAUGGUGAACACCUGCUUGGCUGAAGAACUAAAGGAGAUCCAUGCCUUUGAACAGAAGACCCUAACACCGGAACAGUGGGAGAAACAGAAACACAGUGACACACACACACACAUUCAUUCAAUGACCAUACAAUAAAACAAGGACUGGAAAGACAAGAAAAGUUGCUAUCUUCAUACCAUGGGCAUAUCCCUCAUGCAACAAACUCUUUCACAAAAGAGUGCUAUUAUCUUGUACUGCCAGUUCACAUGACAGCAUUGCUUAUCUUCAUAUACUAGUUUAAACAAGGUCUACCAGUUUCAGCUAUCUUUGACAUGUACACCGGAACAUAUUAAAAGUGUCUGUGGUAAAGGGG